CGACGAGCGGCUCUGAUACCGACAACACACGGUAUCGAGAAUGUCGACAAACAACGGUGCUCGCCCUGCACCAGCGGCGAACCCUGCUGAGCAAGAACCUUCCACAUUCCGCACGGUCCUUAGGCUCGCUCAGCAAUGUGCUAUGAUCUAUUUUGCCACGCAACUAGCCCAGCAAUACUUGUUCCCGAAGGCUCCAGUCACUGGGACGACGCCAGGGUCACCUGAAGUCGGGAAACCAACAGGUACUGCAGGAGCUCCAGGAGUAAAGACGACUCCUCCGCAAGCCGUGAACCCAUGGCUCCUACCUCCACAGGAAGCCCGCCUCGCCUGGCCAAUUGGACAACCGCUCGACAUUCACGUCUAUCUCUCCACGACCCCGGAUGGCGACGUCUUUGGGACCCGGGAAAACCUCCCUCACUUCACUUGGGACAACAUUCAAUUCGGAGACUGGACAGACAGUCGGACCGUAGAAUAUGAUGUUACAUUCCCAAAAAGUGUGCUCAACAAUGGAACCCUGUGGGCCGAUAUCUUUGUGACCAAAGAUGGAUCCAGUCCCAACCCCGCUAAGCGAAACUUCGACCCCAGGAAUGUCCACCACAUUCGUAAAUUGCUCACGCCGUAUUUCCCAAAACCGAAAGUUCGAAGGGAGAAGAGUCUGCUGUCUGCCAAGGAGGAAGUUGAAGAGGAAGAGACUACCUUUGUUGAUGAACCUGAUGUUUAUGUCCCCCACUGGCACAAGAAUGUCACCCUAGCUUUGAUUUCGGAGGCGUCGGUAGUACCUUACCAGAAACUCCCUCCUCCAGUUCGCGAACAUGUCCAUCUUGUCCGAGGCCAGCGAGAUGAAACGGGAACCAAAGGCUACUAUUACCCUAUCGUCUUCCCGAAUGAAUUCUGGCACUUGCGAGAACAUUACAUUGAAUUGAACAGCACGACAACGUCGCUCCCUGUCCAAUUCACUUUCCAGCCAAUGUCCUUCCUCAAGUUCCAAAUGUUUGCUUCCAUGACUCACGGAUUCAAUGAAGCCGCCAAGAACGGUGGAGGGACGUCUGAAAUUGACGAACUGAAGCGCAUGCUGCUGGAGACUAAUCCUUGGUUCUUGGGCCUAACCGGACUGGUUAGCAUUCUUCACGUCGUAUUCGAGAUGCUGGCGUUCAAAUCGGAUGUGACCCACUGGCGUCAAAAGAAGGAGAUGGUCGGUGUUUCCGUCAGAACGAUCAUCACCAACGUUUUUGUCCAAAUCGUCGUUCUGUUGUAUCUCAUCGAUAACAAUGAGAACACGAGUUGGAUGAUCCUUAUGGGAUCUGGGGUUGGGGUGGUCAUUGAGGCAUGGAAGAUUACGAAGGCCGUCGAUAUCAGCGUGGUUCCCGCAGGCCCUGGCGCCCUGUUUCCCUAUCGGCUUGACAUCAAAGACAAACACGUCCUGAGUGAAGAUGAAAAGAAGACACAGGAAUACGACCGGCUUGCAUUCCGCUAUGUCUCAUACGUCGCAAUCCCCACCCUCAUCGGCUACACGAUCUAUUCCCUUCUGUAUGAGAAGCACAAGGGAUGGUACAGUUUCGUCAUCUCGACGCUCACGUCCUACGUCUACAUGUUCGGAUUUGCCCAGCUCGUCCCACAGCUGAUCAUCAACUAUAAACUGAAGAGUGUGGCACACAUGCCUAUGAAAGCGAUGAUAUACAAGACUCUGUCAACCGUCGUGGAUGACCUCUUUGCGUUCUGUAUCAAGAUGCCAUUCCUACACCGACUGGCUUGUUUCCGGGACGACGUUGUCUUUCUCAUCUUCCUUUACCAGCGAUGGAUAUACCGAAUUGACCCUAAACGAGUCAAUGAAUACGGACAAGUGAUGGCUGAGGACGUAGAUGCUGCGGAGCAGAUAGAGUCGAAGAAGACACAGUAAACAAGCUAUGAUAAGACACAGGCUUUUGCUGUGUUCGUAUUCCUCGGGGAAAUGGGAAGAAAAGGGAACUCCGCCUUUCAUACCUGGUUUCGCGGGGUGCUUGGUCAACCGUUUUCCGAGUGAUAUCGGUGUAUUUACUGUAGUAGUCACUUGGGAUAUAUAGUCGCUAUCAAA